AUGGUGGCUUUUGCUGUUCCCGCAUUUAGCCAGGAGUUGGGGGAACCUAUGGCCACGGGCGUUAUGCUAGGUCGGGUGAUGAGUAAGGUGGGCAUGAUGGUGAGUCAGGCGGUGGAACACCAUCUCACCGACUGUCAUCUGGUGAUCGUCACAUCAUCACGUGACUCACCCGUCACCUCCACAAUUCUCAGAGAUAUAAAAAUUUUCUCUUCCGCACCCUAUAUAUCCUCCACACUCUUGAUCGUCCAAUAUAUCUCUGAGACUGUGCCAGUCAUGCAGGUCUCCGUUCAGUUCCUCAACAUCCAAGCUACUGGACACAAAAGAUUCGAAGACUUUAUGGGCCACAAGAUGAGAAUAGUGACAGCAGCAGUGUUAUCCCCAUACCUUGACUACCAGCGCAUGAGCGAGGCCCCGGGAACAGCGGUCCGGCUGGUUGACUGCCUUGAUGCCCGGCUCAUCCACACCUUUGCUGACAAACUCAACUUCACUUUCGAUGUCCACGAAGCCGUCAACCGCACCUGGGGAGUGGAGAUAAACGGCACCUUCACGGGGUCGAUCGGUCUGCUCCAGCGGGAGGAAAUGGACUUUACCACCAUUACAGUACCGACGGCAAAGCGCACCAAAGUGGUUGAAUUUUUCAUUGCUUAUCCUUCCGACACCUUUACAAUAACCUCCCUCAAGCCAACGCUGCUGCCAAAAUACCUCGCUCUCAUACGUCCAUUUGAAGGAAAGUUGUGGGUGGCGCUGCUGGUGAGCGUGGUGGUGUGGGGUGUGACCUUGUGGCUGCUGCAGAGGGCGUGGCAGUCGGUGGCUGGAGGGCGUCCGAUGGCGUUCAACACCACAAUCUUAUACGCCUGGGGCGCCCUCCUGCAGAACUUGCCCUCAGAACCCUCCGUCAACUUCUCUGGCAGGAUGUUGGUUGGGUGGUGGCUUGUGUUCUGCUUGAUCAUCACUACAGGGUUCAGUUCCUCUUUGAUGGCUCACCUUACUGUACAAGGCAGGUCCCGGCCACUAGAGACCUUCCAGGACCUGGUGAACCAGCCUGGCUGGAGGUGGGGAACUCCACCAUGGAUAUUGUCAGAAUCAGUUAUUGAUUUCUUUGUGAAACAUCCAAAUCCUGCAGUCAAUCAAGUCUAUCAUAAAAUGGAGGUAAUACAGGUGGACAAGGCUCUGAAGAAAACACUGGAAGGAGGAUUCUCCUUCAUCAUCUACAAGAGCUUCGUCACCAUCUACAUCGCAACUCGAUACACGGACGCUCGAGGCAACACUCCCUUCUACAUCAGCAGCGAUAUACCAAUGUUUUUUUCGGCAGGAUGGAGCACCAGAAAAGGUGCACCUUUUCACCAACGAUUUAGACAACUAAUGGCUCGCCUAAAUGCUGCCGGAAUUAUUACUUACUGGACAGAAGACGUAAUAGCCAGUAAGGUGAGGAUGGAGAGGAAGGCUGUAAAAGAUGAAAAUAGGAUUAUUCUCGGAGGUGCAUUAAAGGAUGAAGGGCAGCAGAUGGUGCUGAGCCUCAACCAUCUGCAGGGAGCCUUCUACAUGCUGCUGUUAGGCUCCUGCGUCGCCUUCCUCACCCUGCUGGGGGAGAACCUCGCCCACUGCUGCUCCUCGCCACAGUAACACCUUCCUCACCCUGCUGGGGGAGAACCUCGCCCACUGCUGC